GCCCCGGAAGGGGGAACCGAGCGAGCUCGGCCUUCAGCUAAUUCUAACCUCAACUCUGACGUGUGCAGCAAGAACCAGAGGAAACGAAGGGGAGCCCCAGGGUCAGGGGGCACCACACGCCUGACACCGCCCCGGGGGCGCGCCUCCAGGGCCGGGGGCGGAGCUGACCCGCCGAGUCCCGCCCAGCGCCGCGCCUUCCAGUGAGGAAGCCACAGGAGGAGCGUCUCGCACCCGACGCCCGCUGGCUGCCUUCCUCUGCCUCCCGCGUCGCGCCAUGCUAGCCCUCCGAAACCGCCUGGCCAGGACUCUGGCCUCGCGCACAGUCGCGCCUCAGGUGUGCUCAUCUUUUGCUACAGGCCCCAGGCAAAAUGAUGGAACAUUCUAUGAAUUUCGUACCUAUUCUCUUAAACCCUCAAAGAUGAACGAGUUCCUGGAAAACUUCAAGAAAAAUGUGCAUCUUCGGACAGCUCACUCUGAAUUGAUUGGAUAUUGGAGUGUAGAAUUUGGAGGCAGAAUAAAUAAAGUGUUUCACAUUUGGAAGUAUGAUAAUUUUGCUCAUCGAACUGCAGUUCAGAAAGCCUUGGCUAAAGAUAAGGAAUGGCAAGAACAAUUCCUCAUUCCAAAUUUAGCUCUCAUUGAUAAACAAGAGAGUGAGAUUACUUACCUGGUGCCAUGGUGCAAAUUAGAAAAGCCUCCAAAAGAGGGAGUCUAUGAAUUGGCUUCUUUUCAGAUGAAACCCGGUGGCCCAGCUCUGUGGGGUGAUGCAUUUAAAAGGGCAGUUCAUGCCCACAUAAAUCGAGGCUAUACAAAAUUAGUUGGUGUUUUCCAUGCAGAAUAUGGAGCACUCAACAAAGUUCAUGUUCUGUGGUGGAAUGAGAGUGCAGACAGCCGUGCAGCUGGGAGGCAUCAGUCUCACGAGGAUCCCAGAGUUGUGGCGGCGGUUCGGGAAAGUGUCAACUACCUAGUGUCUCAGCAGAAUGUGCUUCUGAUUCCUACGUCAUUUUCACCAUUGAAAUAGUUUUCUACUGAAACACAAAAGAUUUCAUUAUCUGGUAUAAGAUAUGUCUGCUAACGGUGCUUAAGUUCUCCCAUGAGAACUAUUCUCACUUUUAUUUUAAAGAGGUGGUAAGUUAAUUCACCUUGUUCCUUGAAUUUUAUAAAGCCAUUUUUUUUAUUUGUCACCACCACCUUAGGAAGUGAAGAGUUCAUGUUGUCCAUGGCAUUUCAGUAUCUGUCACACAUUAAAAAUAUCUAUCAUUUGGAAAAUAAUGUAAUUUGGUCCUGGUAUUAAAAGUCUUUGAAAACUCUUUGGUUUAUAUGCCAAAAUGUCUUCAUUUAUAAUUAAUUUUACUAAUAUUUACUUCAUUUUACAUUCUACUUAACAAACAUACUUGCCACUAUUUCAAGAUUUUGAUUUUUCAUUUAUUUCAGAGUAUGUCUUCUGUAUGUUGACAAACUUUCAUUCAAAUAAUAAUGUAACAUUUCCAUGCUUGAGACAGUAUUUUUAAAUUAUUAAUAUAUAGUGUCAAACUUUUUAUCAUGUCUAUUUUCCUAAGAUAUCUUCCAAUUUUUGGACCAGUGAAUUUUAUUUUGUAAUAUCAAAUGGUAUUCAUGAGAAUAUUAAAUAUAUUUAUUUACCAUGGAAAAGUACAUUAUCAUUUGUGUCAUCUAUGUUAAUUAUGGUUUCACAUUAGCUAUGUAGUCACUGACUAUAAAAUAAAAUUAUUAGGUCCUGGUAUUUAAAAUCUUUGAAGACUCUAAAUGCUGAAAUGUCUUCAUUUACAAUUAAUUUGACUAAUAUACUUCAUUUUGGAUCCUACUUAAUAUAAGAUACUUGAGAUAUCUUUGUUUGAAUGUGAUCUUCAUGGAUUUGGAAAUGUCUGACCUAAUAAAACUCUACCUGUAUCUUCUGAUUCUUUUUCUAAGUUUUAUAUUUUUAUCAUCUCUGAACUGCUGUUAUAAGGUAUUAUAAAUGUCAUUAUAUUAAGAAAACGGUAUGCUACCAAACCCAGAAUAAGACUUUCUGUAGUAUUUCCACAGAUGUGCUAGAGUUUUCCUAUAAUUUUAGUUUCUGUUUUAAGUGCAUCCAACUUGAAAGACAUUUCAUACUUCCAUACUCUCCUCAUAGUCUGUAUUUAUAACUAUAUUAGUUUACUUCCAAGCUCUCCUCAUAGCCUGUAUUUAAAACUAUAUUGUUUUACAUUUUUAACAUGUAUUGGAAAUAUAACAUUGUAAAUUAUGUCUGAGAGAAAAUUGAAAAACAGGAAGUACAUCACUUAUUUAUUUGGCCCCCAGAGGACAGAUUAAUUUCAUAGUAAGGCAAAGAAUACUCUGACUCUGGAGGGAAAAGCCUAUCAAAAACAUUAGAGACACUAGCUCUGAGUUAUGUCUAAGAGUUUUCUUUAUUUAUGUUUCUUUGAAAAGACUUCACAUAGGAAACUGGGUGGUGGUGAUAGUAUUAAUUGAAGUCACUAUGGACAGACUCUCUCUGGUGUGAGAUAAGAUGCUAUAUCCCAAACAAUUGGUGUCAUGGAAGAAUACAACUGCCUCUGCCUUUCCCUUUUCCAUACAUCUUUGAGAUUAGUUUGAACACUUGCUGGUAACAGCCAGUCAUUCUUUGUUUAUACAUACUAACCUAUGGCCUUGAUGGAGAUUUAUAGACAAUGUUAUUAAAAUAUAAAAUAGAAGAUCCAGAAGAUAGCAGGCUUCACUCCAUUGAUGAACUUCACUCAUCACUAGCAUGAGGGCCACUGUAAUGGUCUGCUUCUGCUCUGUUCAAGAGUUCUGUGGGUCCUGGCCCUUAGGGAAAUGGCAAAGAAUAACAGAGAUAACUUUUGAGGCAGAUUUGUAAGGUACCUUAUUUCUCGGUGCUAUAAGUUGACCUUAAGAAUUCUUCUUUUCCCUUAUCUUCCUUAGUCCCUCAUUGUCCUUCAAAACCCAGAGGUAAAAGAAAGGAAUAUAGGCAGUGUUGAUACCUCUGUUAAUCCAAGUCCUUCUUGGGCCCAUGUCAAAGAUCUGAAUACUUGGCCUUGAGUCCCUAAGAUAAACUGGAAAUCUGACUUGGGGGGAAAGUAUCAGUAAGAGAUGAAAAUCAUACCUUGAAUGAAUCCAAUUUAAAAAAAAACCACCGUACAGAUCAAAGUUUGACCAACUAGAAGCUUUUUUAAUUCAAUGUAAUAUUUGCAAUAAACAU